CGGGGCCGGCGGUUCCAGAGGCGGCGGCGCGGGCGGGGCGCAGUGGCUGCUGAGCACCCUCCCGGCGCCGUCUCCGGCCUGCUCGCCAUGGCCCACCACGACGACUCCCAGAACCCCAAGGGUUCCUUCCGAAAGUUCCUGGAGCACCUCUCCGGGGCCGGCAAAGCCAUCGGCGUGCUGACCAGCGGCGGGGAUGCCCAAGGGAUGAAUGCUGCUGUCCGAGCCGUCGUCCGCAUGGGCAUAUACGUGGGGGCCAAGGUGUACUUUAUCUACGAGGGUUACCAGGGCAUGGUGGAUGGCGGCAGCAACAUCGUCGAGGCGGACUGGGAGAGCGUGUCCAGUAUCCUGCAAGUGGGAGGGACGAUCAUUGGCAGUGCCCGCUGCAAAGACUUCCGCUCUCGGGAAGGCCGCCUGAAAGCUGCUGCUAACCUGAUCCAGCUGGGCAUCACCAACCUGUGUGUCAUCGGCGGGGACGGCAGCCUCACGGGGGCCAAUAUCUUCCGGAGAGAGUGGAGCGGGCUGCUGGAGGAGCUGGCCAAGGAUGGCAAGAUCGACCAGGAGGCAGUGCAGAGACACGGGCACCUCAACGUGGUGGGGAUGGUGGGCUCCAUCGACAACGACUUCUGUGGCACCGACAUGACCAUCGGCACCGACUCGGCCCUGCACCGCAUCAUGGAGGUGGUGGAUGCCAUCAUGACCACCGCCCAGAGCCACCAGAGGACCUUCGUUCUGGAGGUCAUGGGCCGGCACUGCGGGUACCUGGCCCUGGUGAGCGCCUUGGCCUGCGGGGCCGACUGGGUGUUCCUUCCGGAGUCCCCGCCAGAGGAAGGCUGGCAGGAGGACAUGUGCGUCAAACUCUCGGAGAACCGCGCCCGGAAAAAACGGCUGAAUAUCAUCAUUGUGGCCGAGGGAGCCAUCGACACUCAGAACAGACCCAUCACCUCGGAGCAGAUCAAGGAGCUCGUGGUCACGCAGCUGGGUUACGACACACGGGUAACCAUCCUUGGACACGUGCAGAGGGGCGGGACGCCUUCAGCCUUUGACAGGAUCUUGGCCAGCCGCAUGGGUGUGGAGGCUGUGGUCGCCCUCCUCCAGGCCACCCCGGAGACCCCAGCCUGCGUGGUGUCGCUGAGCGGGAACCAGGCGGUGCGGCUGCCGCUGAUGGAGUGCGUGCAGAUGACGCAGGAUGUCCAAAAGGCGAUGGACGAGGGGAGAUUUAAGGAGGCCGUGAAGCUCCGAGGAAGGAGCUUCGAGAGCAACCUGAACACCUACAAGCGGCUGGCCAUGAAGCUGCCUGACUGCCAGAUCCCAAAGACCAACUGCAACGUGGGUGUCGUGAACGUGGGCGCGCCCGCGGCCGGCAUGAACGCGGCAGUGCGCGCUGCCGUGCGUGUGGGCAUCUCCGACGGACACAAGAUGUUCGCCGUGUACGACGGCUUCGAGGGCUUCGCCAAAGGCAACAUAAAGGAAAUCGGCUGGGCCGAUGUUGGAGGCUGGACCGGCCAAGGAGGCUCCAUUCUUGGGACAAAACGCACCCUUCCCGGGAAGUACCUGGAGGACAUUGCGGCGCAGAUGCGUGCCCACCGCAUCAAUGCCCUCCUGAUCAUCGGUGGGUUUGAGGCCUACCUGGGGCUGCUGGAGCUGUCGGCCGCCCGGGAGAAGCACGAGGAGUUCUGCGUCCCCAUGGUCAUGGUUCCGGCCACCGUGUCCAACAACGUCCCGGGCUCCGACUUCAGCAUCGGGGCCGACACCGCUCUCAACACCAUCACCGACACGUGCGACCGCAUCAAGCAGUCGGCGAGCGGGACCAAGCGCCGCGUGUUCAUCAUUGAGACCAUGGGCGGCUUCUGCGGCUACCUGGCCAACAUGGGGGCGCUGGCGGCCGGCGCUGACGCCGCCUACAUCUUCGAGGAGCCCUUCGACAUCCGGGACCUGCAGUCCAACGUGGAGCACCUGACGGAGAAGAUGAAAACCACCAUCCAGAGGGGGCUCGUGCUCAGGAACGAGAGCUGCAGCGAGAACUACACCACCGACUUCAUCUACCAGCUCUACUCGGAGGAGGGCAGGGGGGUGUUCGACUGCAGGAAGAACGUGCUGGGCCACAUGCAGCAGGGUGGGGCGCCUUCUCCAUUUGAUAGAAACUUCGGAACCAAGAUUUCGGCCAGAGCCAUGCAGUGGAUCAGCUCGAGGCUGAAGGAGUCUCUGGGGAAAGGAAAAAGAUUUGUGAGCGAUGAUUCCAUCUGCGUGCUGGGAAUCAGCAAACGAAACCUUCUCUUCCAGCCUGUGGCGGAGCUGAAGAAGGAGACGGACUUCGAACACAGGAUCCCCAAGGAGCAGUGGUGGCUCAAGCUGCGGCCCCUCAUGAAGAUCCUGGCCAAGUACAAGGCCAGCUUCGAGGUGUCGGAGGCCGGCCAGCUGGAGCCCGUGCAGCACCGCGGCCCUGAGGAGCCCGCCGCCAUCUAGCCGCCCGCCGCCCGCCUCCCGUUUUGUAAGGUUUAAGUUAUUUAUCAGCACUUGGUGCCAGUACUGUCGACGCUAAUGCGUAACCCCAGGGCUCGGCCUGUGUCCUUCCCUGUCCGCCAGGUCCCAGCCCCCGCACGGGGCAUCUGCUGCGUCUCGCUCUGUGCCGCCUGCUUCAGAAGCCACGCAGAAUUAAACACUUGUGAAACUCCAA